AACUCAGAUUACUAUAUUCUCUCCAAAUCUGAAUUAUACAACCGAUUAGCAGCCUAUUUCUUAAAUCUAAUGCAUAAUUAAUACCCUGUUAAAUUCAUAUUUUCCAAACAAAUACAUAACCUUACCACCAAGACAAACAUUUAAUUCUCUAAAUAUCUUCUUUGGAAAGUAAAUCUUAGAAUGUGUUAACAUUUUAAUAAUAAAUAAAUGUUAACAUUUUACAGUAAAAUCGACAGAAUGUGUUAACAUCUCAAUCACAGUUGUUCAAACCAAGUUCAAUCACUUAAUCCCUUCAGAUGACUUCACUGAUAUUCAGUUUGUCACUAUCCCAGAAAGCUUACCGGAGUCUGCUUUGAAGGAUCUCGGAGCACUACGGUUUCUGCUUAAGCUCAACAAAUAGUGUCAGGUAAGCUUCAAGAACUCUUUUGUGUCAGUUGCUGCUGCAACAAAGUAACGAGAUCUCAUGUGUUAUCUACGAUGUACUUUGCUGAAGCUGCAGCCAAGGAAUUUAAGCUUCCAACUGUCAUUUUCAGCACAACACGUGCCACGGCUUUUGCUUGUCGCUCCGUAUUUGACAAACUCUAUGCGAACAACGACCUGGCUGAUUUGGAAAGGAACCCUAAAAUUCUCUGUUUCGGGUUUUCCUAGUCUCUAUACUGUUGUAUCACAAUGGUUUUGACCUUUCCGCAGAACCCAAAGGAUAACAGGAUGAGCUAGUUCCAGAGUUUCAUCCUCUGAGAUAUAAAGACUUUCCGGUUUCACGAUUUGCAUCACUAGAAAGCACAAUGGAGUUGUAUAGGAAUUCAGUUGACAAACGUACAGCUUCCACUGUGAUAAUCAACACAUCAAGCUGUCUAGAGAGCUCAUCUCUAUCGUUUCUGCAACAACAGCUAGAAAUUCCAGUAUAUCCUAUAGGCCCUCUUCACAUGGUAGCCUCAGCUACUACAAGUCUGCUUGAAGAGAACAAUAGCUGUAUCGAAUGGUUGAACAAACACAAGGUAAACUCGGUGAUAUACAUAAGCUUAGGAAGCUUAGAGGUGAUGGAAACUGCUUUGGGAUUAGUUGCUAGCAAUCAACACUUCUUAUGGGUGAUCCGACCAGGGUCGAUACAUGGUUCAGAAUGGACAGAGUCUUUGCCUGAAGAGUUUAGUAAGACGGUCUCGAAUGAGACUAGACAACAAUCCUUUCAAACCUGUGUGGAAACAAUGGGAAUUGAAGCUAAGGGUGAUCUACUUUUAGAUGUUUCAACUAGGUGGAACUCAACUCACCUUAUGCUCUCAAGAGCAAUCAUCUAUAAGGAAGCCCUUCGGCAUCUUGCAGAGAUUGAUACAAGUUAUCAAUCUUUCCCUUCUGAUGUUGAGUGGACAAGAGCAGAGUUGAUCUAUGAGCUGUUGACCCCAUUUGCAGAGAUGACGAAUCUGAUCUCUGGUUCAUCUUAUCCAACUGCCAAUUUGUAUUUCAAUCAGGUAUGGAAAAUUGAAACUUGGCUGAAAGCUCAAGAGUACUCUUAUGACGAUGUGAUUUGUGAGAUGGUGAAAGAGAUGAAGGAGAAAUUUGACAAGUAUUGGGAGGAUUACAGUGACGUACUUGCUUUAGCUGCUGUCUUUGAUCCUAGAUUGAAGUUUACUUAUAUAGAGUACUGCUUCAAUACUCUUGAUGCGUCAACUAGUAAAGCAAGGGUGGAUCACUUGCGUAAGAAGCUGAAGAAGCUUUUUGAUGUUUAUAAGAAGAACCCGACAAAAACAGCAGCUGGAAGUUCAAAGUCAAACACAACAGUUGGUGCUGGAUAUGAUGGCUUUUAUGCUUACAUCUCCCAAACAAUUGGUGCUAAUGGUAAGUCAGCAUUAGACAAGUACUUGGAUGAACCGGUUUUGGACAUGAUAGCAUUUAAGAGCUUGGAUAUUUUGAAGUAUUGGAAGGACAAUGCAAACCGUUUUCAAGAACUGUCUUCUAUGGCUUGUGACAUCCUUAGCAUCCCUAUUACAAUCGUAGCUGCAGAAUCAUCAUUCAGCAUUGGAAGCCGAGUUUUAAGUAAGUAUCGGAGUUCACUCCUUCCUUCUAAUGUCCAAGCUCUAAUUUGCGCUAGAAAUUGGCUUAGAGGUUUUGAAGAGAUUGUUGAUCCAUUCGAAGAAGGCAAAGAAGGACAAGGAGAAGGAGAAGGAGAAGGAGUUUGA